AUGGAAGGGAUGACGGGAUAUUGGGGCCCACCGACGGCCACCAUGGACUGGUGUGAGCGCAACUACAUUGUGACGUCCUACGCUGCGGAGUUUUUCAACGCCCUGACGUCCAUGUUCAUUGCGGUCGCCGGCUUUCUUCCCAUCCUUGUCCACUUCCGGAGAAGAGACUGCAUGGAAUGGAGGUUCAUCAUCGCCUUCUUGAGCGUAACGGUCGUGGGCUUGGGAAGCGUCGCAUUCCAUGGGACACUGCUCUUCGAGUACCAGCGAUGGGACCAGGUGCCGAUGCUGUGGACCGUGGCCAUAGUUCUCUACGUCCUCUUCGAACAGAAGCAUGUCAAGCCCACCUACCGCAUCUUGCCCGUGGCCUUGUUCGCCUAUGCCGCGGUUGCCACGCUCAUGACCUCCGAGCGCAGUGGAAACAAGCAGUGGUUCUCCUUCCACGCGUUUUUUGGGCUGGCCACCUUCCUCGCGGUCUGCAAGGUGACGCUAUUCUACCGCAGCUUGCCCAGCGAAAUGCCAGAGUUGAAGAAGGUCAUGUCGCACGGCUUCGUCGCACUGUUGGUCGCGAUCUCCGUGUGGCUGAUGGACCUGAAGCUCUGCGACCAGCUGCACAUGCUGCCGGCCUAUGACUACUGGAACUUCCACGCCUGGGGGUGGCACCUCAUGGUUUCAUGCGGCCUCUACAACAUUCUGGUCGGAAUUUGGUACCACCGCUUGAAGGUUGUCCUGGAGAAGGAUGUGAGCUUGCGCCUGUCACCCAUUCCUCACAUCGUCUUUGUGUCCCCAAAGCACAGUGCCACUGAGCUUAGGGCCACGUCGAGCUCUACUUAA